UCAUUCACAGAUCUAAGAGAGCUUCGUCUUCCUCCAUCUUCGUCUUCCUCCUCCAGCCAAAACGCACCGUAUCAGUAUCAAAAUCAUUAUCCACAACAACAUGCUACUGCGGUACCUUCUCAAUCUCUGAACACCGAGCUCGCUUCACAGAGAAAAUGACCAUACUGCCCUACAUAACCGUCCCCAACAUCUCACCCUUCUCCGCCACCCUCAUCCUAAAUCCUAACACCAACCAUCUCCACCUCCACCACCACCACCAAUUCCGCCACCUCUACCUCCCCCGUCGUCACAACGGUCGGCGCAUCCAGUUCACUACCGUUGCUCGCUCCCGCGAGGUCGUCCUCGGGAACCCGUCGGUGACGGUGGAGAAAGGCAAGUACAGCUACGACGUCGAAACCCUAAUAAAUAAGCUCAGCAGCCUUCCGCCACGUGGCAGCAUCGCGCGGUGCCUCGACGCCUUCAAGAGCAAGCUCUCCCUCAACGACUUCGCUCUCGUGUUCAAGGAGUUCGCCACGCGUGGCGAUUGGCAACGAACCCUGCGACUCUUCAAGCACAUGCAGCGCCAGAUAUGGUGCAAGCCAAACGAGCACAUCUACACAAUCGUCAUCACCUUGCUCGGCAGAGAAGGACUCCUAGACAAGUGCCGCGAGGUGUUCGAUGAAAUGCCUGAACAAGGCGUUCCUCGCUCUGUCUUUGCCUACACCGCCAUAAUCAACGCCUAUGGCCGCCACGGACAGUACCAGACCUCCCUCGAAUUGCUCGAUUUGAUGAAGAGAGAGAGGGUUUCACCGAGUAUCUUGACUUACAACACUGUAAUCAAUGCUUGCGCGAGGGGUGGGUUGGAUUGGGAGGGUUUGUUAGGGUUAUUUGCUGAGAUGAGGCAUGAAGGGGUUCAGCCUGAUGUAGUUACGUAUAAUACUAUGCUUCAUGCUUGUUCUCGUAGGGGUUUGGGCGAUGAGGCUGAGAUGGUGUUUAGGACUAUGAAUGAAGGUGGGGUUGUUCCUGAUAUCACUACUUAUAGUUACCUUGUUGAUACUUUUGGGAGAUUGAAUAAACUUGAGAAGGUUUCGGAGCUUCUUAGGGAGAUGGAGGAAGGUGGUAAUUUGCCUGAUGUAACGUCUUAUAAUGUGCUUUUGGAUGCGUAUGCUGAGAAGGGGUCGAUUAAGGAGGCACUAGGGGUGUUCCGGCAGAUGCAGACGGCAGGGUGCGUGCCAAAUGCGACCACUUAUAGUAUUCUGUUGAAUUUGUAUGGGAAGCAGGGGAAGUAUGAUGAUGUUAGGGACCUUUUCCUUGAGAUGAAAGUUAGCAACACGGAGCCUGAUGCUGGUACCUAUAACAUUCUUAUACAGGUGUUUGGAGAAGGUGGAUACUUUAAGGAGGUGGUUACUUUGUUCCAUGAUAUGGUGGAGGAGAAUGUACAGCCUAACACGGAGACGUAUGAGGGUUUGAUAUUUGCUUGUGGGAAGGGAGGGCUCUAUGAGGAUGCCAAGAAUAUUUUACUUCAUAUGGAUGCUCAGGGAAUGGUUCCGAGUUCCAAGGCUUACACUGGGGUGAUUGAAGCCUAUGGCCAGGCUGGACUGUAUGAAGAGGCAAUAGUUGCGUUUAACACUAUGAAUGAAGUGGGAAGCAAUCCAACUGUCGAGACAUACAAUUCGCUCAUUCAUGCAUUUGCAAAGGGAGGAUUAUACAAGGAGGCUGGAAAAGUUUUAUUGAAGAUGGGUGAUUCAGGUUUGCAGAGGGAUGUGCAUUCGUUUAAUGGUCUAAUUGAAGCUUUCAGGCAAGGAGGUCAGCAUGAAGAGGCGAUAAAAGCGUAUGUAGAGAUGGAGAAGGCUAACUGCGAUCCUAAUGAGCUGACACUCGAAGCAGUAUUAAGUGUAUAUUGCUCAGCAGGACUUGUUGACGAGGGUGAAGAACAGUUCCAAGAAAUUAAAGCUUCAGGAAUACUGCCCAGUGUCAUGUGUUAUUGCAUGAUGCUUGCUCUUUAUGCAAAGAAUGAUAGGUUCAAUGAUGCCUAUAAUCUACUUGAUGAGAUGAUCACAACAAGGGUGUCGGAUAUUCAUCAAGUGAUAGGACAAAUGAUCAAGGGAGAUUUUGAUGAUGACUCUAAUUGGCAGAUUGUAGAGUAUGUCUUUGAUAAACUGAAUUCAGAAGGAUGUGAAUUUGGAAUGAGGUUCUAUAACACACUAACAAAUAAACUUGUGUGGUCUGUGGAUGUACACAGGAUGUGGGAAGGUGGAGCAUUAACAGCAUUGUCCCUUUGGCUCAACAAUAUGCAAGAGAUGUUCAGAGCUGAUGAGGAUCUUCCUGAGCUUGCAGCAGUAGUUGUGGUUCGUGGACAAAUGGAGAAGAGUACAGAUAGCCAGGAUUUCCCCAUUGCAAAGGCCGCUUUUUCAUUCCUGCAGGAUAAUGUGUCAUCCUCUUUUACUUUCGCCGGAUGGAACAAAGGUCGCAUUAUCUGUCUGCAAUCACAACUGAGGCGAAUUCUAUCAGGCAACGAAUCAUCUUCUAAUAGAAAAAAAAUGAGUAAAUUAAUAUCCAUAAGUAAUUCGACUGAUGGAAUUAUGACUUGCAAAUCUGAUGUGCAAAGUGGUAAAGCUAAUGAUGUUGAUUCUAGAACCGAUAGUACAAGAACAGAGCUUCUAACUAGUGCAGUUUAGUUUUGAGAAAUAUAGAAAUUACAUUCAUUUGUUUCACAUGCCCUUGUUUUGAUUGAUUGGGAUUGAAGAUUGGGGCACAUAUUUGUUGCAUUAGUGUAAUGUUCCUAAUUAGGCUGGCUUUCAGGUCGCCAGAAAUUUUGGUAUAUAUUAUUAUCAAGGUAUCCAAAAAGGCUUAGUUUGCUGUA